AAAUAUCAGAUGAAAUAUCAGAUUUCGUGUUAUCUCAUGUAUGUUAUCAUGAUUAAGUCACCCAAAUUACGCCAGAAAUAACGCAAAUUCCUUCCUAUAUAUAUACGCACUCCUCUCAUUCAUCUCUUCAAGCUCUGCUCAUCACUUUCACUACCAAUAACACAAAAUUUUACUAGCUAGAUAAUGGCAGCCAGAAAAGCAUUGCUGAUCUUGUCCUUACUUUUCUUGGUUGCAUCAUUCGACAUUGUCGAGGGAUACAACAGGCUGCGUCCGGGAGAUUGUAAACCGAGAUGUUCUUACAGAUGUUCGGCGACAUCACACAGGAAGCCUUGCAUGUUUUUCUGCCAGAAGUGCUGCGCUAAGUGCCUCUGCGUUCCUCCAGGCACGUACGGAAACAAACAGACAUGCCCUUGCUACAAUCGCUGGAAGACUCAACAAGGAACUCCUAAGUGCCCUUAGUUUUAUUAAUUUCUAUAUGUUAUUUUUCAUUCAUCUAUCUAUAUAUACACCUUUUUUUUAAAAUUUUAUCCAUCCGCCAGUCUUGGAUUAUAGCAUAAUAGUAUCUAUUGUGUAACGGGGAGUAACCUAUGUCAGUUCCAUUCGACAACAGUAAUUUUUGUGUUGUUUUUGUAUUCCUUCCUUUGUUAAUCUUGUACUCUUGUAAUUUGAUUAUAAGUUUCAGUGAUGGAGUUACAAGUGAAUGAACAAUGUUGUGUUGCA